CAAAGAUCUACUACUUCUAGACCUCACGUCCUCUCUUCUUCCCAUUCUUCCUUUACUCUCUCCUCUCUCUUCAUCUCCUCCUCAAGUCAAUCUCCCACCAACAACCGCCACAAUUCCUUCAUCAAACAUCACCAUGUCUACCUCUCUCGACCAGCUCAAGGCCACCGGCACCGUCGUCGUCAGCGACUCUGGCGACUUUGCCUCCAUUGCCAAGUACAAGCCCCAGGAUGCUACCACCAACCCUUCCCUCAUCCUCGCCGCCUCCAAGAAGGCCGAGUACGCCAAGCUGAUUGACGAGUCCGUUGCCUCGGCCAAGAAGCAGGGUGGCUCUGUCGACGAGCAGGUCGACAACGCCCUCGAUGCCCUCCUCGUCGAGUUCGGCAAGGAGAUCCUCAAGGUCGUCCCCGGCAAAGUCUCCACCGAAGUUGACGCCAGGUUUUCCUUCGACACCAAGGCCUCCGUCGACAAGGCUCUUCACAUCAUUGACCUGUACAAGGCUCAUGGCAUCUCCAAGGACCGCGUCCUGAUCAAGAUCGCCUCCACCUGGGAGGGUAUCAAGGCCGCUGAGAUCCUUCAGCGCGACCACGGCAUCAACACCAACCUCACCCUGAUGUUCUCCAUCACCCAGGCCAUCGCCGCCGCUGAGGCCGGUGCCUACCUCAUCUCCCCCUUCGUCGGCCGUAUCCUCGACUGGUACAAGGCUGCUCACAAGAAGGAGUACACCAAUGAGGAGGACCCCGGUGUCAAGUCCGUCGGCACCAUCUUCAACUACUACAAGAAGUUCGGCUACAAGACCAUUGUCAUGGGUGCCUCCUUCCGCAACAUUGGCGAGAUCACCGAGCUUGCCGGCUGCGACUACCUCACCAUCUCCCCCAACCUGCUUGAGGAGCUCCUCAACUCCGACGCCCCCGUCCCCAAGAAGCUCGAUGCCGCCGCGGCCUCCAGCCUCGACCUUGAGAAGAAGUCCUACAUCAGCAACGAGCCCCUCUUCCGCUUCGACUUCAACGAGGAGCAGAUGGCCGUCGAGAAGCUCCGUGAGGGUAUCUCCAAGUUCGCCGCUGAUGCCGUCACCCUUAAGGACAUCAUCAAGCAGAAGGUCCAGGCAUAAAUUGAUCUGUCCUGAUGCGGAAGCGAUGACAAAACAAAAAACCACGCCUGCAGGCGAGACAACUUUCCCGUUGGGAGGAGGAUAUAUAUCAUGACGUGAGAAUGACUUAAUGAGAAGGAAAACAAACAAAUCCCCCAAUCAUACACAUUACAAACCCCCAGCAAACAGCGCGUCAAGUGAUGGAAGAGGCGCCGGGUUGUGUGAAAGUCAACCUUAUUUUUUUCGGAGGGAGGCAUAAAAUCACAAAGAUAGACUGCUUGGCAGCAAAAAAUCCGAGAAAAUUGGUCUCCCAAACUCAUCAAGUUUCCACAAUGUGAAAGUUGUAUUGCUCUAAUGACUAA